CUGUUCACGCUCCUGGUCGCCAGGUGGCAGUAUGCACCACCAAUUAAAGCCAAGCUCAACUACUAACUGCGUAGAAGAAGAAGUUAGCAACAUAGCUAAACACACGAAAUAUAUAAAUAUCUUCCAUUAUUCUCAUUAAAUCAAAUAUUCUGAAACAGAAGAUAACUGGCAGCAAUUUAAAAAGCAGCAGCUGCUACUAAUUAAAGCAUAAAGUACCCAGGCGGCGGUGUGGUUUAGCACAUGCCGCGGUGGCUGGAGUUAUAAAUGGAGAAAGAAGCGUAUUUUUAAAGCUCGUGUCGGUAACUUUAAGAUGAAGUCUCUUUACCUUUUUAAAUCGAGUAUGGAGAGUGAAAAUUGUCUUUAAAGGCUGUAUCAGUAACCGGAUGUCUGUUUACCUUUCUACACGCAAUAUGGAGGCCGUCCCAGCUAUCAGUGUGCCGCUCCGUUUUGCUCAGCAGUACCGGGAACACUUGGAGGCGCACGGCGUUUUGAAUCCGAAGCUCCGCAUGCUGAAGCGCUCCGACGGCACCGUUGCGCUGCCCGUGUGGCCAGACUGCGUCCCCGGGCUGGAUCUGACCGCCCUUCGCCUCUCCGUUGGCCCCGAAACGACUUGCGCCCUAACAUACAUACAGUCUCCCGAACCAUCCAAGAAGGAUAGCGUGAAAAGCACUAGCAUGGUCCUGCUGGACGCUGUACGGCAGCUGCUGGUCUCACAGGGGGAGACGUGGAGCGAGGACCUGAUGGGAGAUGUUGCUCGGAGCUGGCAGCGCCAUGGGGAUCUGGCUCUGCUGGGCGGUGGCUGCUUCUCUCAGGAGGUUUGGAGCAGACUGGGACCAGCCUUGUGGCUCACUGUGGCACGUGUGCUGGGUGUGAAUCGCCUGGCCCGGGCAGGGAGGGUCAGCAGCGACGGACACCGGACUCCAGUGGUGACUAUGUUACUGGGGGAAGACAGCUGGGUGACCCAUGUGGACAACAAGAUCAGGUACCAAUUUGAUGUGACCAAGUGUAUGUUCUCGGCUGGAAACAUCACUGAGAAACUGAGGAUUGCCUCAUUUGACUGCAGGGGGGAGACUGUUGUGGAUUUGUAUGCAGGCAUUGGCUACUUCACCCUCCCCUACUUGGUACAUUGCGGGGUAGCCCACGUUCAUGCGUGUGAGUGGAAUCCGCAUGCCGUGGAGGCCCUGCGCAGGAACCUGGAACUGAAUGGAGUCUCAGACCGUUGCACCAUCCACCGGGGUGACAAUAGACAGCUCAACCUGCGUGACGUGGCAGACCGGGUCAACCUUGGGCUGAUCCCCAGCUCCGAGCAGGGCUGGGCUGUAGCCUGUCGGCUCCUGAAGCGAACCACGGGAGGUAUCCUGCACAUCCACCAAAAUGUGACCUCGCCUCUGAGCCACCGGGAGGCGGAGCAAGCAGCCGGGGAGAAAGCAGCACGACAGACGCGUGGCUGUGCAGAGAGGCAGGCGUGGAGACAGUGGGCUGAAGAUACAGCCCUCCGCAUCGCCGCCCUGCUGGAGGAGGACUGCGGGACACCCUGGAGGACGACUAUCCAGCACUUGGUUGAUGUCAAAUCAUACGCACCUCAUAUUCAUCACAUAGUACUGGACUUGGAGUGUAGACCAUGCUGACAAUUUCAGACUUUAUUGGCACAAUUUAGACCAAGGCUGCACAGACAAUCCUCUCAAAGAAACUUCGAGACUAGUAAUUUCAUAUUUUAACUCUGUUGAAAGAGUCAGUAAUAAAACAUUCUAAAUAUGACCCUAA